AUGCUCGCUGAUCAUGAGCCUACUUUAGCCAACCUAGAGCCUUUGGUUGCACCAGAGCCCGUUCUGGCUCAUGACCCUUUACCUGUGCACGACCCUAUUCCUGUUGAUGCUUCAGUCGUUGCACCACCAGUUGUUGAUAUACCAGUCGUUGCACCACCAGUUGUUGAUGCACCAGUUAUUGCACCUCCAGUCGUUGAUAUCCCCGUUGUUGUUGCACCACUGCCCGAUCCGGCCCCUGUGUUUGUUGACCGUGCACCUUUUGCCACCCAUGUGGAUCCUAGAUAUGCUGACACCCGUAACGGGUGGAUUGAGGACGACGAUUAUCCUCCUUUUGUUAUACCAGUCACUCCCCCUGCUGCACCUGUUUUUGCACCUCUUGAUGUUCCACAAUUUCACCCGCACGUAUUUGACGUCCACCGCAUGGAUUUACCCAUCACUUUUCUACAGGACAUUCCUCCUCCCCGUCCAGGGGAAGGACCUUCUACACAGCAGCACGAUCACAUGCCACCUAUGUCAGCAGCCCUUCCGUUUAUGCCCCCUUUUGCAUGUGACAACCGGUAA